AUGAUGGGGCUCUUUCUCGCUUGGCUUUUCCGCGGUAGGUUUUGCUGUUUGGGCCUGGGUGCGGAACUUGUGCGUCUUCAUGUGUCAAUGUCAGCGACAAGAUUGGAGGAAUUGGAGGUUAGAGAAAAGAAAGAGGGUCUACAAGGUGGUACAUCAAAUCGGAGUACUGGUGGGAUAUACUUGGUACGACAAAAGACCUAUGAGAUUCAAAGUUAUGGUGAAAUAAUUGAUUCUGCAGAAGAAGAGACUGGCCCAACGUCUGGGGGGCCCUGGUGUGGGUUUACAUACACCUCUUCUCGUGGCCAACCAGACUUUUAA